CACUUCAACAAACCCUCUCCACACUUCCCCUCGCACUCUGAACCAACACAUGGAAAUGGAGGGCCAGGUGGAAAGCCAGAAGAGACGCGGAGUGAGCAAAGAAGAUUUAAUAUCUGAACGGACAGGAUCUUUGGGAUGCAUUGGUUGGUUCCUGGUCAUUCUCUCUGGCUUUUUCACAAUACUCCUCAGUCCCUUCACCAUCUGGUUUUGUCUGAAGAUUGUCAAGGAGUAUGAGCGCGCUGUCAUCUUCAGACUGGGCCGUAUCCCAGACAAGAAGGCUAAGGGACCAGGGAUUUUCUUUAUUUUGCCGUGCACUGAUGACAUUGUGAAAGUGGAUUUGCGAACAGUUUCAUUUGACAUCCCACCACAAGAGAUCCUGACCAAGGACUCAGUUACAGUAUCGGUGGACGGAGUAGUGUACUUCCGGGUCAGUGACCCCAUCGCCUCUGUGGCCAACGUUGCUAAUGCUGACUUCGCCACCCGUCUGCUGGCUCAAACCACCCUCAGAAAUGUCCUGGGGACUAAGAAUCUGGCUGAGCUCCUGUCCGACCGUGAGGGCAUCGCUCACAGCAUGCAGGCCAAUUUGGAUGAAGCCACAGACGACUGGGGCAUCAAGGUGGAGCGCGUGGAGAUUAAAGACGUGAAGCUGCCCCAUCAGCUGCAGAGAGCCAUGGCAGCAGAAGCAGAGGCUACACGAGAGGCCAGAGCUAAGGUGAUCGCAGCAGAGGGUGAGAUGAAUGCGUCCCGGGCCCUGAAGGAGGCGUCCCUGGUGAUCUCAGAGUCUCCGUCAGGCCUGCAGCUCCGCUACCUGCAGACUCUCAGCACCAUCGCAGCAGAGAAGAACUCCACCAUCAUCUUCCCCCUGCCCAUGGAUAUGUUGACUCCCUUCCUGCGAAAGUGACACUUCAGUUUGCCCAACCUCUUAAACAUGUGUGACUCUUUGUAAAAUAAACAGUCAGGAUACAAAUGACUAUUUAUGCAUGGUUGACAUUUUAUUUAGACUCAUCAUAAAAAAACCGUUGUGGUUUAAAUAGUCAAGCUGUGAUCAGGCAUGGCCUACUAACUUUUUUAUAAACAUCAGAGUUGUCUGAAUUUUUUUUGUGUUGUCUCCUCCCCCCCACCUGUGUCUAAUUGCUCCCCCCUCACCUGUGUCUAAUUGCUGAUUAGUGGGUGUGUAUUUAGGCUCUGUGUUUCCUGUUUGGUGAAGGCUGGUAGUGUGGGUGAGAUCCUUGUGGCUGGUGACUGUGUUCACCUGGGCAGCAAUAUUGAGGCUGUGUAUCCUGUACCACAGCGAUGAAUAAAUGCCCACACCGGGUUAUAUUUGAAUUCUCUGCCUCUGCCUCCUUGCUUGGUCGGGCCGCUCAACGGUCAGCUUCACAACGUGUUAUUGACAAAAUGUAUUCUGAAAACGAUGUGUGUUGUUAAAACUAUAAUAAAUGUGACUGAUUCAUAUUA